GGCUCUACCAGCCCCAGCAGCACCGUCAGACAGGUUACUGCCAUCAAAACUCACACACAAACACUUCCACUGCUGCUCAAGGGACAAAGUUGGUGAUUGACAAUCUUUAGAGACUUCUGUCAAAAACACCAGUAUGGGCUUCCCUUUACAUUUUCUAAUAAUUCUGUUUUAUUAUAAUAAAGAGGCCUGCAAAUUGGCACACAUCCACUCCAGCUGCUCUCUCCUCGUCCUGUCCAAUCCACGCUCACCGGAGAUGCGUGGAUGCGUCACCACAGAGGCCAAACCGACCAGGCUUCAUUCCUCAAGUCACAUCAUCACACAGUCGCACCACCACCCUGACAAAAACCACAGCUGAAUACCAGUUUGGCCUCCAAAGAUAGCUGCAAUUACGCAUGUAGGGCGCUUUGUUCCCGCACACAGCCCAGAGCAGUCGACUACAUGACUGUAUAGGAGGAUGGUGCUUGUGGCACCACAGUGCAUCUGAUAUUAAAGGACAAAGUUUGAUAUCUGUGGACAUCAGAGAACAACAGGUCAGCCAUCUUCACCAAUGUAUGUUAGAAGAGGAAAGAUAACCAGACAGAGAAAAUCAUCUUGACAUCUGUAGCCGUCACUCUUUCUCCAGCCCAACCAUGAGGGACCGACUGAGCAACCUGCAGGAAAUGUCCAACGUCCAUGUGGAACAGAUGGAGUAUGAAGACUCCACUAUCUCCGAAACCUCGAGCAAUACGGACCCGGACCUGGAGGAGUUCCCCCACGAGGCCGUGGUGUUUGACAGCAGCCCUGCUCUGGAGGGGGUCUUCUCCCAGUCGCAGGACAUCCACAGAGAGAUCCAGCUCAUCCGCGUGGAGAUUAAAAGGCUCCGUGAGCAGAACGCUCGCAUGGGCUCGGGCAUCACCACCAUGAGCACCAUCAAAAAGGACUCCAACGCCAUUGGAGCUGAUAUAAAGUCUCGGGCUGAGGAUGUGCUGAAACGCCUGCGGGAAAUGGACGGCACGGCCCACAAGCUAGAGGAAGCACAUGGCUCAAAUUCUGCCGUCACACGCAUCGCCAGAACCCAGUACGCUUGCCUCAGCAAUGGUUUCCGCGACGCCAUGUUUGACUAUAAUGAAGCCGAGAUGAGCCAUCGGGAGAACUGUAAAGCCCAGAUCCAGAGGCAAAUGGAGAUAGUGGGGCGCGAGGUGACGGGAGAAGAGCUGGAGGAGAUGAUCGAGAAAGGCCAGUUGAACAUCUUUAGUGACAACGUCAUGGCUGAAGGUAAAACGGCUCGAUCAGCUCUGUCCCAGAUUGAGAAACGUCACCAAGAGCUGCUGGACCUGGAGACCCGUAUCAAUGGCAUCCAUGAGAUCUUCCUGGACAUCGCCAUGCUGGUGGAGGAGCAGGGCCCCAUGCUGACCAGCAUCCAGACCAACGUUCAGAAGGCAGACGAAGGCAUACAGGAGGCCCUCGUCAAACUGGGCAGGGCCAAACGUCACGACAAGAACAACCCCUUUAAAAAGAUGUUUUGCAGCUGUUUCCCGUGUGUUGAAUAAGGACUGCACAGUACAUGAUGAUGUAGAUGGUAGAGGGAUGGCAAACAACAUGCAAUGUGCUGUCCAGACAAAGAGACGUGGGAAAUCUAAAGGACAUUUUCUGUAUGUUUCAUUAGUACAACGUUCUUAUUGUCACAAAGGCUUUAUCAACAUGGCCCGUAGAGCUGCAUAUUAAAAGAAAUGUCCAGGAAGCAAAAUAAAGGUUUCAUAGAAAGGUUAAAACUAUUGUGUCUAGAUUGAGAGACGAGGGGAAAUAUUUUUAAAUUGUAUGAAAGUAAUCCAUUGAUGUCUGUAAUGUUUGUAUGAAAAGUUUAAGGCAGGUAUCUCAAGUCAACCCUUGACUGAGGUGUGAUGCAGACCUGAAGCAAAUAGUAUCUGAAUAUUUUCAACAUGGGAGGGAUUUACCAAAUAACACAUUAUCUGUAUUAUAUUGUGCUGGUCAUGCUGCCUGACACGAUAGUUCCUGAUGCAGUAAACUGACCUAAUAGUAAAAGCCUAAAGAAAUGCUUAUUAUAUAGUUCGAUCAAACAAUUGUUACUUACAAUUAUUUUCUCGUGUCUGAUGAAGUCAUUCAGGUCAAAUAAUUUGUCAUGUCAUGUCAAUGCACUGGUAAACAUGGAUGUCCUAAAAUAAAAAAAAAUAACUGUACAGUUUAGUGGUUGUUAAUAUUUUCUGCAUUUCUCUCGCUCUCUCUAUAUAUAUAAAUUAUAAAAUGAUUGAGUUGGUUGAAUAGUAACCAGCCAUUCUGUGUUGACCACAUUGCACCCAUUAUUUUCUGAUAUUUACCAUCUCUUUUGAAGACACCAGAAACUGAUGUACUGUGAUGUACCCUAAUCUGUUACUGUUCACUGCUAUUCUAUUCUAUGACUAUAAUACCUUUCUUCUGUGGUGUCAUGUACAUCAUUACAUAAAUAGUUAAAUUAAAAUCA